GUCUCGACCUCUGCGGCAUUCGCCCGUCCGCCCCCUUUCUAUAAAUUUCCGAAUCCCCGGGGGACAGCGGCUCGGACUCCUCGGCCGCCGGUCAACCCCACUGCCCUCGGCUGCCGCGUGACGUCCUCCCCUAGCCGCCUACCCCUCGAGUUCGUUGGCGGCCGAUAGAUCCCAGAUCUAGGAAGAGAUCGGCGAGAAUACCAUGUCGAUGUCCGAUUCCGACUCGUCCUCCCACGGCGGAGAUCAGAAGACCUUCCGCCAGAUCAGCCGAGACCGGUUAUUGUAUGAAAUGCUACGGUCAACCAAAGUAAAGGACUCAAAAUCGACAUGGAAGGUACUCAUCAUGGAUAAAAUUACAGUUAAAGUAAUGUCAUAUUCUUGCAAGAUGGCAGAUAUCACAGAAGAAGGAGUUUCAUUGGUUGAAGACCUAUACAAACGACGACAGCCUUUACCAUCAAUGGAUGCUAUAUAUUUUAUUCAGCCAACAAAAGAGAAUGUGGUCAGGUUCCUAGCUGACAUGUCAGGAAGGUCUCCGUUGUACAGAAAGGCAUUUGUUUUCUUCAGUUCACCUGUUAAUAAAGAAUUAGUGACACUUAUAAAGAAGGAUGCUAGUGUCUUACCUCGCAUAGGUGCACUGAGUGAGAUGAAUUUGGAAUAUUUUGCUAUUGAUAGCCAGGGUUUUGUAACCGACCAUGAGAGGGCUUUGGAGGAAUUAUUUGGGGAAAAUGCAGAAGGUUCUCACAAGUACAAUGCCUGUUUGAAUACAAUGGCCAUUCGUGUUGCUACAGUACUUGCAUCCUUGAGGGAAUUUCCUAAUGUGCGCUACCGUGCUGCUAAGUCAUCUUUAGAUGUUUCCAUGUUGACAACACUUCGUGAUCUAGUCCCAACUAAACUUGCUGCUGCAGUUUGGAAUUAUCUUGCCAAGUAUAAGGCUACGAUUCCUGAUUUUCCCCAAAGGGAGACAUGCGAGUUACUUAUUGUUGAUCGUUCCAUAGAUCAGAUUGCUCCCAUCAUACAUGAAUGGACCUACGAUGCCAUGUGUCAUGAUUUACUAAACAUGGAUGGUAACAAAUACACACAUGAGGUUCCUAGCAAAACAGGAUCAACAACUGAAAAGAAAGAGGUCCUUUUGGAAGAUCAUGAUCCUAUUUGGCUUGAACUUCGUGAUGCACAUAUAGCGGAUGCUAGUGAGAGAUUGCAUGAGAAGAUGACAAAUUUCAUAACAAAGAAUAAAGCGGCUCAAAUUCACCAUAGCUCAAGAGAUGGUGGUGAGCUGUCCACUAGAGAUUUGCAAAAGAUGGUUCAAGCUUUGCCACAGUAUAGUGAGCAAAUUGACAAGCUUUCCCUCCAUGUAGAGAUUGCAGGGAAAAUUAAUAGAGUAAUCAGAGAACAGGGGCUUCGAGAAGUUGGACAGCUGGAGCAGGAUCUUGUCUUUGGUGAUGCUGGGACCAAGGAACUAAUAAAUUUUUUGAGGACAAAGCAGGAUGUCAGUCGUGAAAAUAAAUUGCGUUUAAUGAUGCUCUAUGCAUCAAUCUAUCCAGAGAAGUUUGAAGGUGAAAAAGGAUCAAAGUUAAUGGAACUUGCACAAUUGUCAUCUGAUGAUAUGAUUGCUGUAAACAAUAUGCGCUAUUUGGGAGGGUCUGAUACUAAGAAGGCAUCAGGAAGUGGUUUCUCCCUCAAGUUUGAUAUAAGCAAGAAGAAGCAUGCUGUAAGAAAAGAACGGAACUCAGAGGAAACCUGGCAGCUGUCACGUUUUUAUCCUCUGAUAGAGGAGUUGCUUGAGAAGCUUAGCAACGGUAAUUUGCCAAAGGAUGAGUACCCUUGUAUGAAUGACCCAAGUCCAACUUUCCAUGGAACUUCACAGAACACGUCUGUUCGGACAACCCAUGCUCAGCCCGCGCAGGCACACUCUGUCAGAUCCAGGCCAACUGCAACAUGGGCUAGGCCUCGCAACUCUGAUGAUGGCUAUUCAAGUGAUUCCAUAUUGAGGCAUUCUUCAAGUGAUCUUAGAAAGAUGGGCCAGCGGAUAUUCAUCUUCAUCAUUGGUGGGGCCACAAGAUCUGAGCUACGUGUAGUUCACAAACUUACUUCAAAGCUGAAUAGAGAAAUCAUCCUUGGCUCAUCCAGUCUGGAUGAUCCUCCCCAGUUUAUCACGAAAUUGAAACUGAUGUCAGCUCAAGAAAUUUCGCUGGAUGAUCUUCAAAUAUAAACUAUUCACACAUAUUGGUUCUUCUGCUCACUGGCUGAUUUUAGCCUGCUCCAGUUGAGACUCAUGGUCUGGUGAAGCUGAUCAAGUUACCGACAUGCAUCAUGUUGAUGAUGAUACCUAAUCACUGUUUAUACUUCAAACUGUACACUGUAUUGUCUGCACCCGCUACGUUCCAAGUGUAUCAUAAACAUUUACUGUUUCAGACAUGAUUAUUCUGAAUGAGGUACCUUAGUUAUCAUCAAACUUUUCCCAUAUAAAUCUUGUGGAAAUCCAGUGUGUUGGUUCUACUCGGAGUUCAAACUGUUUAAAAGCUGUCGGACCAGAAUUAAAAACUGUAUCACCAGUCUGCUGCUUUUUAUUUCUGGAUUUAAUAGAAAUGAUUCGGCUCUUUGGUUUGUUAACUUGAAA